UUCGUCUCCUAUAACAACCGCACUUUCACUCCACUGCACCAGCGCACAUCUUGUUUGAAUUCAUUAUAAAAGACCAUGCAUGUACCAGAAACUGGAUGCUAUCAUCUGAUCAGAAUUCUUUAAGUCAUCUGUUACAGAAGAGGAUCCAGUGGUGACCAGACAACUCAAUCGAGAACAAAAAAUAUGGCCAGCUGUGAUGUCAGAAAAUGGGACCCAUAUGAGACCUCGCAGAAAAGGGAUUUUGUCGAAAGACCCAGUUCACCGAUUCCAGUUUUACGACCUCCUACAUCCAGGGCCUAUAGAACUCCAUAUGCUUUGGCCGAUCCCAUUGGUGUCACUGGAUAUAGCGAAGACUUUAGCUGGAAACCUCCAUCUAAGCCUGAGUGUAUCCGGACCGGGACAGCCUCUGGCAACAGGAGAAACAACCCACACCCAAGCCAGGGUUUUAUGGUAUGGAGGCGUCCCCCUGGACUGAAACUUUGUGAAAAUCCCCCACCUGAGGAUGAAGUCAAACAUGUUCUGUCUGCUCAGUACAAGUCAACAUACAGAACUGAUUUCUUGGGCAUCCCUCAAGGGAUGAUGAUGAACCAUAGAGCCUUAGAUCCUGUUAAGCACAUCCCUGAGGUCCCUCAAUGCAUCCAGACUGAGAUGAGAUACAACUAUCGUAAGCCUGUUCAGAGACCGGAAUUUCGGGGAAAUAUAUCCCGCCCUGAGGCAUCAAAGGGGAUAGUCCCUACAGUAGUUCCAAAGCAUAUCACUAACCAGGAAAGCAUGAAGCCCUUGACCACCUACGACAGACACUUCAGUGGUAAAUCCACAGACUUUGCUUCAGUGCUCAGUUCUCUCAAGCCUGAGGAACUCCAGCACUUCUACAAGCAUUUACCUGAAAAGGAAAAAAUGUUGGUGCAAACAUUUUUGCAAAAAAAGCAAAGUCCACCUGGUCAAGGAAAGAAAAUAAUGGAGCCAGUGGCAUUCACACAACCUCCUGCAGCACUAGACAGGAUAUCCAUCUGGCCUGGGCCUCUGUGACCGAUUCCCAUGAUGUGUAUGUGUGUGUAUGCUAGAAAAUAAUAAAUUGCUUCUAUUGAAAUGGAUUGUGCUGUUCAGAUAGAUGUUAAGGAUUAAGUUUUUGUCCGCACAUUACCUGCAUAUUAACAUACACCAGAUAUACAUACUAGUCAGUUCCUUGUCAGGUAGUAGCUAACAUCACAACUGAGUCAAUCAGUUUAAUGUGUCCUGAUUGAUCAGAAGGUGUUGAUUAAUUUCCAUAACAUGUGCUCUGGCAGUAGUUCUACGUUUAUGCUAAUACAUAACAUUCCACACAAACCUAUUAACAAAAUGUGCAUAAUCAUUGAUAUUGUGAUGCUUCUGUGAGGGGACAUUUAUUUUACAUUUAUGGAAGGAGUCUCCAGUGUCAGUGCAUCAUAACAGUCAGAGGUAAAUCUGUAACUUUACGUUUUCCUACAUGGGAAAGUCUUGGGGAAAAGAAAUCAGCACACAUGGGGGUGUGCUAUUAUAAGAAAAUAAUCAACAAGAAGGAGACGUGAUGUAGCCCGACAUGAAGCAGAGUUACUGCUAACAUCCUGAUACCAUCCAGUUGAUUAUUUUCCUAUAACAGUAUGACCUGAAGUGUUUUCUCUCUCUUAAACCACAUCAAUUUAAAGUAAAAAAAUAAAUAUAAUAAAGAAUGACACAUUUUUUAUCCAUUUACAGAUAUGGUUAACGUUGUGGAACCUCCAAACAAGUUAGUCCCAAUUAUACAUACAUUAUAACAUCUAAAAUAUCUUUCUCUCUCUCAAACACACACACACACACAUACACACACACACACACACACACACACACACACACACACACACACACACACACACACACACACACACACAGCUUAUCUUGUCACAGAGAAACUAGAAAGCAAAAACUCCUCUGUGGUGAAGCCUUUGCCAUGGUGGAAAAUGUACUGACCUUUACGAAGCAUAGAGACUCCUUCCAUAAAUGCUACAUGAGCGUCAACAUAUGAACAAUUGCUCAUUUUUUUUUUCGUUAAAUAACAACACAUUUGUAAUCUAUUUAUAAUUAGUCUUAGAUUAUGUGGUAUAUCUGACAUACAAGUCCCACUGUGAGUUGUUACUAUAAAAAUGAUAACAUUAGAAUUAGUGGGAAAAAGUGGGAUUUGCAUUUUCUGUUAAUGUUAGAAGCUGCAUUUUUAUUUUAUCUUACAAACUUUUACAAAAUAAUCAAAUUAUUUUUUGCUUGUAUUUCCUCAUUUGUAAGACGCUUUGGAUAAAAGCGUCUGCUAAAUGAAUAAAUGUAAAUGCAAAUGUAACUUCAAGAGAAAGAAAAAAAAAGCUGA